UGAACAUAGCGUUAGUUCACUGCAACAAUGGCUGCUAGCUGUCAUACAUGGAGACCAGACCGAGGACGAUGUCUCAAAACCUAUGGAAUUAUCACCGUUUUGUUCAUGGACCUGGUUUUACAGUGUGUUCAUGGUAUGUUGACGGAGGCUGUUGUGUAUUUGCCGCUGUUUUUUUGUCUUUGUCGCUUUGUUGUUGAGCUGUUAAUCGUUAUCCUACUCAAACUAGCUUCCUUGAGGAGUUAGCGUUUGCUGUUAGCUAACAAGCUAACACAAGAGCAUCCAGUUGUUAGCGAUGAAAACAGCGUGCAGUGUUGGUUUAAACUUUGAGAAGCUAGACGUUUUAUAGAUUUUUAAUGUAAAUAGACAGCCAGUAGUAGUUAGUGCUUGGUAUAAGCGUACGUACAGAUAACAUUAGUGCGAAGCCUAAACGUUGUUUACCCAUGUAGCUCAGUUGUGUUUAUUAAUGUGCUAAUAUCAAAUAGAUGACUCAGCUUGAGUCUUACAACACUCAUGCUUGCUUGGUUUGCUUUCCAGGGUAUCUGAGCUCCCCUCAUAUUGGUCAGGAGCCUCACUACACCAGAGAUGCCCAGCAUGGGCCUGUCAUCACCAGCCCUGUGGUCCCCGCUGCAGCCUCAGGUAAACAAAGAUACACCUCACCUGCCCAUUACCUGUUUGAUCCAUCGUAUCUACGAAGAUCUAUCAAAUCAUGCACUAGCAGAUUUUCAUCAGGCUUUUGCUUAAAACCAAGCACCACACUGAACACAACAGCAAAAGCAAGAGUCCUGUUUUAUUAAAUGAAUCUAGAUGCAGGCCGAUAUAACCCGAUAUUAUUAUUAUUAUUUUUUUUUUUUGCCGAUAUCGGACCGAUAUCAACUUCUGAUCGGGACAUCCCUACUUUCCAUGACUUGUUCAUUCAGCAAUAUAGCUCAUUAAAUUACCUUUAAAUGAUUUUUUUUUUUUGUUAUCACAGGUGAUCAUUAAAAUUGACAUUAAACACGAGCUCCAAAAACUCUUGUUUGCAGAGAGGAGUACACAAAGAGUGUGUGUCAUCACGGUGUGUAUGUGUGUCUGUCGUGGUGAACAGCAGUAAGAGGAACAGACAGAGUAAACAGAUUAGCUGAUUGUGGACAAUGUCAUCUUCCUCAAAAAUAAACAAAUGUAUUAGCUGCAAUGGCUCGUCACAUACAACCAGGCAACCGUUGAUAUACUCAGGUGUGACUCCCAGGUUAAGUCUGUGUAACAAAAAGUGGAUUUUCAUUUCCUUGGCAAUAUUGCUCCUACUCAAUGGUCAGCCUCUUGCAACAACUUGUGCAAACAUGUUUUUGUGUAAGAAAGAAGCGACACUGACUGUGUAAUGACGAUAAACAUGUUCUCUUCUGUGCUACUUAACCUCAGUGUCAGGACUUCUAAAUUUAAAUUCAAUAAAAAAUGAAAUUGAAUGAAUAAAUAGAAAUAAAUAUUAAAACUGGAAAUGAAGUUCAUAGCCCUCAGAUCAUUGUCCUUGUGAAGAUAUUGCCUGCCCCAAUAUGGAAAGGGAUUCUUCUUGAACAGCUUGAGAUUUAAAAAUCCAAAUUUGAAUAUCUUGACCAGUCAUGAUAUUAAACAGUCAAUUACAUCCAACUUAAUUUGUGCAUGCUGUGUGCCACUAAGCAGUAACUAAAGGAUUCAUACAUAUUGUAACAAACUUCCUUUUGUCCAUCGAAGAGUAUUUGAGCUAAGAAAAUAAUCUGUUUUUUGUCCUACUAAAGAAAAAGUUCUCUUGGGUUGUGAGAGCUGGUGACUUUUUGACAGUGCAACAAUCGUUUUCUUGUGCUGGCUAUCAAGCCUCAUAACAGAGCAAUCAAAAACAGCAUCCUUGAGCGCCCUUUGAUGGUAUUUUUGCCGAUUGUGAUUGGUUGACAUUUACCCCCUGCAGCCUCCUUUUCUUUAUAAGUACGUUUCGUGUUUCUCAGUGUCUCCUGCUGAUGAAGAGAGCUACACGUCCAAGUGUCCCAGUGGGGGUUUGUGUAGUCGUCUGCCAGCUGAUUGCGUUCAGUGCAUUUACCACCACAACUGUACCUAUAGGAAACCAGCUACCUUCCCCUGUAAACCUAAAAAAGGAGUUCACUGUGUGGUGAGUAGCUGUUUAUUCUCUGAUACAGAGGAAUGAAGGCUGUAGAUUUGAUCGUUGAUGUUUCUACCUCAUCUGGCUCAUUGUAAAAGUUCGUGUCAGUCUGCUGUAAGUCACUUCAGUGUUUUUGAAUUAAGUUCUCCAGACAAAUAAGUGUGUUAUGAUGGAAUUAGCAGAACACCUGUGGUGCUUUAAUUUUGGAACAGCUGUGUAGUAAUGAUCUGAUGUUUUUGUAUUUGUAGGGAGAGUCGGGGCAGCAGCAGACCAACUUUUCUCUCUCCAUCAGCUGUCAGUUCUGUUGGCAGCUGGAUGAGUCCCAGUAUCGCUGCUCGAACUCAACCAACUGUAUGACAGUGUCCUGCCCACGCAAACGCUACAACGCCACCUGUGACGUGUUGGACCAUGUUCAUUGUCUAGGUAAGAUAGAGACUUGCUGCAAAACCUGAUGGGUUUCUUUGCUAUCAGUGAGGUCACAGUCAGUCCUGUUGACAGAAAGCUUUUGGGACGUUGAACAGCAUUUUUUCAUCCUGUCAAAGCUUUUCUUUUUUUCACUAUAACACAAUCUAGUUUAUCACAUUGAAAUGAAAUCAAAAUCAUAAUUAGUUCACAGUCACUGUUUUUAAUCUGUUUUCUUGAAUACAUACUGUGUGCUCAUGUUAAGGGAAAUGUGUUUUCUUCUAAAGAUGUAGUUUGAGUUUGCUUCAAUUCAUUGGGAAAGGGUCAUGAGAGAGUGAACUGUCUUUGUCCGCUGAAUGUCUGCUUUUUUUGUAGGUAGAAGACGUUUUCAGAAACGCUUGUUUUGUAACUGGACGGGAGGAUACAAAUGGUCAACAGCUUUAGCUCUAAGGUAACUCCUCAUACUAUUAUCUUUGAAGUUUUUAUCUGUUCAGAAGUUGAGAACUAUCUGCUUCAAUAGAUUUUGGAGUUACUUACAGUAUUUUUGACUCUACAUGUCUCUCUGAAGCAUUACCCUUGGUGGUUUCGGGGCGGACCGGUUUUAUUUGGGCCAGUGGAGAGAGGGUCUGGGCAAACUGUUCAGCUUUGGAGGCCUUGGCAUCUGGACUUUGAUCGAUGUUCUCCUGAUAGGAGUUGGUUAUGUGGGACCUGCAGACGGUUCUCUCUACAUCUGAAGUAAGAAUCUGGAGAUGUAGCCAGCUGGUUUGUGCCUCUUCCGCUUCGCACCGCUUCACUCUCGAAGACCGAAGAUCUGAGAUGCCGUGUUCUUAGCACGUCUGCCUGCCCAAAUUUGCUGUGCAUCACGUCUUCAGCCCAUCUGCUAACAAGCAGGAAGUGUUUUCCUCAUCUCACCAAUGCCGUCUCUACCCACACAGUCAUCAGAUCGAUCCCAAUCAUUCUGCGUCCAUCUCCUGCAGAUGAAGUUGUGCAGGAGGAUGAGAAACCAGUAAUUACAUCUAUUUGUUGGUUUGACUAAACUGCUGGUUGGACUGUGUCAUGCUGAUAUACACAUAGAUAAGUCUGGUUUCCUGUGGAGCUGUGCUUUCACAGACAUCCUGUCACCUAGGAGCUGCCUGAUGCUCCUCCCUCAUUGCAAGGUAAAUGCAUCCGAGGGGGGUCAGAUGGUAACCAUGGGUACAGAGCUUUUUAUGUUGACAACAUACACAAUAGACCUGCUGAAAGCUUAUAUGAGUGUCCUGAGGGAAAGCAUGAAUAUGCAGAGGGGAACAUGUUCUGCUGUAAUUGACAGCUGAUAGGUGUUAUGGUCAUAAAUUUAACAGUCAUUCUACAAGCUUUCUGAAAUGAGCCAACAGAGAAGGUCACAACUCUAAGUAUAAUGCUCCCUUUGAGGUUAUACAAAGGAUUCCAUUCAGAAGCUUGAAUUGAUUAGACCGUGCAGCAUGAGUUGUGAAGUUUAUAAGUUGUGUAAAUAUGUUCAUAAGAGCUACUGUUAGUUCAGACUGUAUCCAAAACUGUCAGAGAGCAAAAGGAUACGCAGAGGAAACAAUGUUAUCCUCAUUUUGCACUUCAGUAAGUUGUUCCUAUUUUGAAAAACACAGAUAAUAGUUCAACAAUGUAUUUCUUUGAAUGAUAAAGAUCGUAACUCUCCAAAAUGGUUUACACUUACAUACUGUUUGUACUUGUGUUUUCCUGUGUUGAGGUUUGAGGAGUAUCCUGUACGUUUCCCGCUCACUCAUUUUCAUUUGACACAUUGUAAAAAAAAACACUCUCACUUUAAGAUGUGUGCUUGAGACUGAGUGGCACAUUUGGGCUCACCUCUCACUGCAUGUAAAUCUGUUUUGUGCUUUAGAGUGAGGUCAUUUUUAUUUUGUACAAACACUGUAAAUGCCAUUUUUUAUUUAAAUUACAUCUAAGUUAUGUAAAUAAAAUUGUGAAUUAUA